AUGACCCACCAAAACCACACCAACAACACAACCCAACCACAACCACCAAACACACACUACACUACCCACUACCACAACCCAACCCUACCACCAACCAACCACAACCGAAACCCCAAAAAACAACACACAUACCACCCACACAACAGACAGACCCCACACACCACACCACACACCACCAGGAAAACCCCAAAAAACCAACCCAACCCACCUACACGCCAAAAGAACCAACACCAGACCACACCAACGACCCACUACCAGACACCAGACACGACCAGACCACCGACCCAAACCCACCACCCACCAGGACCACAGCCACGACCAAGACAAACACAAGACUACACACCCCACCAGGACCAACCACCCCAGACCACACAAGACACACCCAGAAACACACAACACCACACAACAACAGACACGACCACCGACCCUACGACAACUACCCGACCAACAAAAAGACCCACCAGACACCCCCAAACCACACAAAACCAGACCAGACACGACCAGACCACGACACAAACGACCACCCCGACCACGACAACAGCGACCCCAAAAACGACACGACCAAACACACACACACAGGACCAACCACACGACCAAAACCAACACACCGACCAACCAGGCCCCGACCAAACAACGCCCACCAGGACCACACAAGACCCGACCAGACCCCGACACACCAGACCAACACCAACCAGGACACAAACACCAGAACCACACACCCAACCACGACACGACCAACACACACACAGACCACACACCCAACCAACCACAGACCCGACACAAGACACACCAACCCCACCAACCGACACGAACCACCAGGAACUAGGAAACCCAACCAAACACACCAGGACCAACCCAACCCAACCGGAAAAGGACCACCGACCAACCACACCACCAAAACGCGACCCGACCCACACCCCACAACCACCAACCACACCCACAAACACAACCACAGACACCAGUAACCACACACCAGUAAACCCCAACACCACCACGACCAAAGCCAGGACCAGCACCACAGGGCCCACCCUAACCAAACCAACGACCAGAUACAACACGACAAACAACCAACCACAACACAAAACCAGACAAGCCAUACCACACACACCCCAGACCACACACCCCCAGGACCAACUACCCACGACCAGACCACGACACAAACAACACGACACGAAAACCCAGGACACACACUCAUACCCACAACACCAGACCACCACCACUAACAACCAGGACCAACCCCAACCUACCAACCGACACCCCAACCCCUACACACCAUUUAAAACCGCCCGGCCCCGACACGACACUACCAACCCAAACCCCCAACACAAUUAA